AUGAAACUCGAUCUUACAGAGCUCACCAUCACACUGAAAGUGACAGAUGCCAAUGACGAACGUCCAAUAUUUGUUAAUCAACCUCGGCCUUUCCUGGCAACAGUGUCAACCAAUCCAAGUGUGGGAGAGAUGGUCUACGAACUGCUUGCAUAUGAUCCAGACACAGGCUCAGACAUCAAAUACAUCUUAGAAUCAGCUGGUGAGCGAAAGUUUGCCAUCCAGAAUGUCAAUGUCAAUGGAACAAAUGUGGGGCGAAUCAUCACGACAGUCAGUGGAAACGGUCAGUUUGAGAGAGGACGUGUUUAUGAGCUUGUUGUUUCUGCCCGUGAUAUGUCUGCGCUUGACGCCUUCCAGAAGUCGGAUUUCGAGAUCGUUCAGGUCCUUGUUGGAAAUCGUUCUCCACAGUUCUUUGAAAAUCCUUACAUUGCUUACGUAUCGGAGAACAACCAGGCAGGAUACAAGCUCCAGACAGCAGAGAGGGUCAAUCUGAAAAUUCAAGCGAAGCCAUUUCAGUCACAGCAAGGUGACCAUUCAGUACGAUUUCAUUUAUACGACGAGCGCAAUCAGCCAUCUUCUUUGUUUGCCAUUAAUGAAGUAGGAGAGGUGGAGACUUUACAGAGCAUGGACUACGAGGCGUCGUCAUGGAAACAGUUUACAUUGACACUUAAUGGCACAGAGGAAUCCACUGGCCUCACAAGUUCAACACAGCUGAUUGUGAACCUGGAAGAUUCCAAUGACAACUCGCCAGUAUUUGGUCUGUCAACAUACACGAACAGUACUAGUGAAGGAACCCCAGUCAAUGCUACCCUGUUCUCAGUGAUAGCCACCGACAGAGAUUCAGGGGAAAAUGCCAAACUGACUUACGAAGUGAACAAUGACCACUUCUACGUGGUCACUCGUUAUGACCCUCUCUCUGGUCACUACAUUGGUGACCUCAAAGUGGCUAAGAGGUUGGAUUAUGACUUUCAUCCCGACAGACUCUAUAAGUUCAAUGUUACGGCGACAGAUCAUGGAGCUCUGCCUAAAAAGGGCUGGGCUAGUGUGGUCAUUUAUGUCACGAAUAUCAACGACGAGAAACCUCGGUUUGGAACAGGGUUAGAGGAAAUCUAUGCCAGCAUCAGGGAGGACCUGACGGCUAAUAACUAUGUGACGAUGAUCCAGGCUGUUGAUCCAGAUGGUGACAAUGUGGAGUACUUUUUCACAGAACGAUUGACGAAAGCCCCAAAUGGUCCUUUCAUAAUUGAUCCGAAGUCUGGAGUGAUUCAGUUGUCCAACUCCAUCCCACCAGCCAUACCCAAGUAUGUGUUAAACAUAACUGCAUACGAUGAUGGAUCUUGCUGUGAAGGUCACGUAACACAGCGCCAGGAUGCAGUUCUUGUUGUAGAGAUCAAGGACAUCAACAACAAUAACCCAGGCUUUCCCUCAUGUAACUACCAACCUACAGUGAUGGAGAACCAACCGGUGGGGACUAGGGUAGUGCAGGUGAGAGCUGAAGACAAUGAUCGUGGACCGAAUGGUCAGAUCACCUAUUCAGUGGUCACUCCAGCUUACCAGACUAAGAACUUCGAUGUUGACCCUGACAAUGGAACUGUGGUCACCAACAUUGUGUUCGACCGGGAAUCAGAGCAGGGUUCCCGUGGUUACCCAGUAACCAUUAAAGCUGAAGACAAGGGACAGCCGCAGCAGCUCAACAGUCUGUGUACCUUCUGGGUUCAUAUCGAUGACCGCAACGACAAUCGGCCCAUGUUUGAUUCGCUCUCCUACUCCAAACAAAUAACACGCACGUUUGAGGUCAAUAAGCGUGUAACGGGUGUAUUAGCGACAGACCGUGACAUGGGACAGAAUGCUGAAGUGGUUUACCUCCUGGAGUCCAACCCUGGAAAUUACUUUAGAAUAGAAGAAGAUACGGGCUCAAUCUUUUUGGACAAGAGUCUCAUUGAUAUUCCGUACACCAGUAAUCAGACUAGUAUUAUUGUAAUGGCGAAGGACAAGGGUAAUCCACCUCUCAACUCCACCGUGCGUGUCACCAUCAGUCUGGCUGCCUCACAAGGGGAGGUACCUACCUGGGACGAGAGUUACGAUGGCAUGGUUUAUGAGGUUGAGGAGACGGUACCUUCGGGUCACACCAUUGGUCGAUUUACAGCCAGCUCUAACAUAUUAGAUCCACAAUUGCAGGGUGUCAGUUUUGCUCUCAUCAAGUCGGAUGGUUCCCAGUCGCAGUUUGACGACAUGUUCCGGAUUUCCACCUCAUCCAACUUGGUGAAACUGAAGCUGCGCGGAAAUCUGGAUUACAAUCACAAGAAUAUGUACACUGUCCGGUUACGUGUCACGAACAAGGGCCUGAACCCAGCAUCUAAUGAAAUGCGUGUGACGGUGAAAGUAAAAGACAUGAACAAUCAGCCACCAAGAUUUGAGGGACUCGACCCGACUAUGAGUAACACCUACCGAGGCAGUGUUCCAGAAAAUGAACCUGUUGGUCAGACAGUCAUCACUGUCAAAGCUGUUGAUGCAGACCACGACCCCCCUAACAACGAGGUCAGAUACAGUAUAAUAGAAGAUCGGUAUGGCGUCCACCGACUGUUUGACAUCAAUCCACUGACCGGUCUGAUCACCACCAACUUCACAUUUGAUCGGGAGCUCGACAACCUCUACUACAUCGACAUCAUGGCUGUUGAUGGCAAGCCAUCAGAUGUGCGUGACCAUGAACCUCCAAACAGUCCAAACAGUGCAACAGCCCAGGUGCUGGUUGUAAUUGGUGACAAGAAUGACAACACGCCACGGUUCCAGGAGACUCUGUAUGAGAAAGAAGUCCAGGAACAGCCACCAGACAGCAGUAAAGCUAUCAUUCGAGUACUGGCAGAAGACCUGGAUAGUUCUGAUGUCCUGACGUACACCAUCACCAGCGGUAACGUGGGGAAUGUGUUUGGAAUCAAACAAAAGACUGGAGAAAUCUACGUAGCUCGAGACCUAGAUUACGAAACUCCACCAAAGGUCUACAACUUGACCAUAACGGCCAAUGAUGGUUACCAUACCAACACGACACGGGUCAAACUGACAGUGCUGGAUAUCAAUGAUAACCAGCCUGAGUUCACUCAAGCUGAGUACAUCAUUCAGGACGUGGUGGAGGAGAUUGAUCCUCCAGCUGGACAACAGAAAUUCCUUGUACAGGUCAGUGCUACAGACAAAGACAUUGACCGUCCACACAACUUUCGGUACAGUCUAAACAUUGAUGACCAAGAUCCUUCUAACCCAAUGUUCACCAUCGGUCCAGAGGAUGGCAGGAUUUUCUUGAAACGUAGUCUUGACCGUGAUCUCCCGAAUGGUCGAGCUGAGUACCAGUUUAACAUUAUUGUUGAAGAUGAACCUGGAAAUCCACAGUCACUGAUUGGCUACGCUUACGUGAAAGUUCAACCGAAGGAUAUCAAUGACAAUGCUCCAUUGUUUGUUGGAAAUCUAACAGGAUAUGUUCCAGAAAAUUCGGCUAAAAGGAAGAAUAUUAUGACGGUGCGAGCCAAGGAUUAUGAUUUAGGAAUGAAUGGAACCGUUUACUAUCAGAUAGAUGGAAGAGGUAACACACCAUCCAAUCCCAAUAAUGGGGACUACCUGUUUAAGAUCCAGGAGUCGUCUGGUCUGGUGUACUCCAACACAGACAUCCUGAACCGUGAGGUGUUGGACCGAUACUACCUACAGGUGAUAGCCUUUGACCGUGGCGUCCCACAGAGAAGUAGCACGGCCACAGUGACUAUUAAAGUCUCUGACGAAAACGAUGAGGCUCCAGUAUUUCUGCAGAAGAUCUACCGUGUCACACUCUCAGAGAGUCAGAAAAGUGGUCCAGUCAUUACGGUGUCCGCCACAGAUGAUGAUAUUGGGGAGAAUGCCAAGCUAACAUACACCCUACAAAGUGAUCUGAGUUUCUUUUCCAUCACUACGUUACCAUCCAACGCUGGUGUCAUCAAUGUGUUCAAUCCUGUGGACUACGAAAAUGUCAACCAAAGGUUCUUUAAUCUGACUGUGAAGGCAAGAGACUCUAACCCUCUUCAUGAAGAUCAUGCCUUCGUUGAGAUUACAGUCACAGAUGCCAAUGAUGAACCACCAAAGUUCACCGAUACUGUUAAGAUCAUGGACUUCAAUGAAAACAUCGAGGAAGGGACGUUGCUCUAUACAUUUGCGGCCAGUGAUAAGGACAGCCCUCCAAACAACGAUUUCACGUUUGCUAUAGCUGACUACUCAGAUCGGUUUUAUGUUGAACAACAAGGCAACAAGGGCUACGUUAAGAUCCAGAAAGGUUUGGAUGGACAGACGCUGGACAGGGAGACUAGCUCAAAAUAUACUGUUGAAGUGCUCGCCAUUGACAAAGGUGACCCACCUUUAACUGGAACAGCUACUCUCAUCCUGAAUGUGGCUGAUCUCAAUGAUGAGGCUCCAACAUUUGCAGAGAAUUAUCGACCAAUCGUGAUGGAGGAUGACCCCUAUCCCCAACAAGUGUUAACCUUCAAAGCACGAGAUCGGGACACACGUCCACAUGGACCUCCAUUUAAGUUCUAUCUGCCUGAUUGUGCAGAUAAUCCGACCUGUGAUAGAAAUGGCAUGCAGAACUUUACCUUGAUAUUUAACCAAUCUGGUGAUGGCAGUAAUGGAACAGGGACUAUCUACGCCCAGAAUCGUUUCCUUCGAGAGGAGAAAAAGUUUUAUUACCUUCCUAUAGUGAUGACUGAUAUGGGAGGUUAUCAUCCACUUAGCAUGACUGGUACCAGUACGUUGACCAUCGAGAUUGGCGAUAAAAACAACAACCAGCACACAGACGGAUCUAAGGACAUCUUCGUUUACAAUUACAAAGGUUUGUUUAGCAACAUUGAAAUAGGCAGAGCCAAUGCUAAUGACCCGGAUGAUUGGGACUUCAAGGACAAAUGGUACUACUUCAUCGGACCGAAGGACAUGGCACGAUUCUUCAAUGUAUCAAAAGAGAAUGGGACCAUUACAAUGAAGAAAGGCGUGCCCGGUGGAUAUUACGAGUUCAAAGUCCUUGUGUAUGAUCAUGUCGUGUUCAGUCAUCGUAACGCCACAGCCACCAUCCAUGUGACGGUACAGGAGAUAGACGAUGAUGCUGUGUUCAGUUCAGGGUCCGUUAGAUUGUCUGGCACAAGUGCUGAAGCAUUUAUGGAGGAGGGACCUGCUGGAAGUAGUUACAACCAAUUCAAGUCUCUUCUUGCCAGGCGACUAGGAGUACGAGAGAAAAACGUGGCCAUUUUUAGCGUGAUGAAUAAUGGCUCAUAUACAGAUAUCAGAUAUGCAGCUCAUGGAUCGCCUUGGUAUCCAGCUAGCAAGCUUGACGGAACAGUUAUGACGUACAAGGAUGAGUUUGAAGCGGUAUCAGGUGGCAAGAUAGAAAUGGUGAGCAUUGACCUCUGUGUCAAGGAGGUGUGUGAAAGUGGAGGCUGCACCAACAACUUAUUUGUAGACAAUCGUCCAAGUCUCGUUAACACAAAGGGGCAGAGCUUUGUGGGUGUGUCUACAAUGAUCAGUACUGACUGUAUAUGUAAAGCUCGAGAUUUCUCCAAACCACUCAUGUGCAAGGCUGGGUACUGCUAUAAUGGAGGCACCUGUUCCCGAGACAACUGGGGCGAGGUCACCUGUCAGUGCCCAGUUGGAUUUGAUGGAAAGCGUUGUCAGAAGACUCGACACAGUUUUAAGGGUGGUUACGCUUUAUACCCUGCCUUGGCUCAGUGUGAAUAUAGCACCACUAGCAUUGAGUUUAUUACCACUGUCGAAAAUGGUCUUAUUUUCUACAAUGGACCUGUGGAACAAAUUGGGCGAAAUGUCCCACGUGAUUUUAUUGCCCUGGAGCUAGUUAAUGGGUAUCCACGGUUACAGGUUGAUCAUGGAACUGGCAAAGUUAUGAUGCCCCUGGACGGUAAAGACAAAAAUCAAAUCACACGACUUAAGAAACUCAGCGAUGGUGUUUGGCAUCACAUUGACAUUGUCCGUAAAGGAAGGAUGGUCACCAUGACAGUGGACCAGUGUCGUUCGUCUGUUUUUGAGCGUGGUAGUGAGUCGAAGGAGGAUCGGCAGCCAUGUGAGAUCACAGGCAGCACUCGCGGGCGUAACAAGUACCUGAAUGUAAACACCAUGUUACAGAUGGGUGGUCGCUAUGUCACACCACCAUAUCCCACUGGAAUAACCAAUCAGAGCUUCUUUGGGUGUAUCAGGAAUUUAUACCACAAUGGGGAGCUUUAUGACUUAUACACAAGCCGAAACCACCCCGGUCUGAACCAUGAAAAUGACUGCCCUCAGGAAGACCGCCAUUGUGAGGAUGAGAGGAGGAGAGGUGUUUGUGGUCCUCACGGAACGUGUGAACUUGUCCACUGGAAUAGUAACGACUUUAAAUGUCACUGUAAACCAGGCUACCGACCAAAGUACAAAGGAUCCAACAAGUGUGACACAAAUACAACAGUUCGUGACUUAAAGGACCAUGGCUUCAUGUCUUGGAUUCUAAAAAAUGAAAUGUACAACACUCUGCAAGAGAUGACAAUCUCCGUCCAGAUGAGUUUCCGCACACGUGAUGCUGAUGGCGGAAUUCUGCUCCACCUCCCCUCGACAUCCAAAGAGUAUAUUACACUAGAGAUUGUCAACAAUCACCUGCAAGUGACCUACAACCUAAAGGACCAUGAUGCACCACUAAUGCCAAACAUCCUCUCUCUAUCGUCUGUCCGUGCCAACAAUGGACAGUGGCACCACGUUAGAUUCACUCGUACUGGCAAGUGGUUCCAGUUGAAGAUGGAUGGAGGGGAGGGUCGUUACUACAAUGAGACCUGGGGCAAACAGGGAGAAAGUCAGGCCUUCAGUCUGCGGACUGAUCAAAUUGUGGCUGGAGCGCGUGUCGUGUUUGAUGCCACUCCAACUUUCGAUAAGCGUGGUCUAAAAGACACUUGUAUUACGGACAUUCGCAUAGAUGAUAAAUGGUUCCCCAUGCGUGUAGAGGAGAAUCUUCACAGUCCAGCCGCAGAUCUGUCCCUUUAUCCUAAUGUCCAGAUGAACUGUGUCCGUGACGACGACUGUGCCGGCCACUUGUGUUCAAGUGGUAUUCCCAUCAGUAAGGAGUGUGUGCCACUGUGGGGUGACCGCGACUGUAGGUGUCCAGCUGGAAGUGAGCCUGGGACAGCGGAGAAUUGUAUUCCUAUUUACUACUGUAACCCCAACCCUUGUUACUCAGGCGGAACUUGUAUAGAGCUCGACUACCCAGAUACUUUCAUGUGUAACUGUCCUGCAGGAUGGACCGGCUUGCUAUGUAACCAACAGGCUCAGUCGGAGGUCAUCCCAGCCGGGGUCACCACUGAGGCUCUUGUCAUUAUCAUUGUCAGCAUCUUCACUGUCGCAUUAAUUGUGAUGCUGGUUUUCCUGUUGGUUUGGAACCUGACCAAGCAUGACAAAGAGAAAUCCAUCUUGUAUGACGACCAAUACGAUGACAUCCGUGAGAAUGUUAUGGACCACGACGAAGAAGGAGCAGGUGAAGAGGAUCAGGAUGGCUAUGAUAUAUCUCGCCUACGUAAGCCAGACCAGCCCUUCCUUUUACCUCCCCAGGGGCGGCCGGAUAAAGUGCGUCCUGGUGAGACUCCAGAUGUGGGAAGUUUUAUAGAAGACCGUCUGAUUGAUGCGGACAAUGAUUCAAGUGCCCCUCCUCACGACAAUGUUAUGGAGUUUGCAUAUGAGGGUGGAGACAGUGAUCUAGGGUCAUUGAGUUCACUCCACACCAGUUCCAGUGGUGGGGACCAGGAUUACGAGUACCUAGACGACUGGGGACCAAAGUUUUCUAAAUUAGCAGAUAUGUACCAAUCUGUUCCAACAGAGGAAAGUUUUUGACCCCAGCCAUCAUAGAUUUCAUUCUAUCAUGUUCCCACGGAGACAUGAUUCAUUUAAGUUGCUGUUAUACUGAUAUACUACCAUUACAGGAUUAAAGGAGUCUUCUACAGUUUAUCGACAAUCCUGGUUAAACAGCAUGACAUAUCAACGCCAUGUUGAGAUUCAUGUGAAAUGUGACAUUGGGCGACAUCUAACCACCGUGAUUAGUACAUGGAACUACGAUCGACAUCAACACCACGAUCGUCUGUUUCUGUUAGGAUAAUACUACCUGUAAAGAUCAGAUGCAUUUCCUUCUUGAGUGGAGGACGUAAAAUUUGAGCUGUUCUCUUUCGUGACAUUGGUGAUAAUUACAGAAAAAAACAAAGAUGUUUGUAUAUGAAAUAUAUCAAAUAAGUAAAAGACAGGACAGCACACAAAUCUUUUCUUGUCAGGGACUCAACUGUCUAAGAGAAAGGUAUCCUGCAACAGCUCUCAAUGUAUAUGUGUGAAUGUGGGUUUAUACACACAUUUUACCCGUGCACAUAUGUUGUAACAUAACCAUUCUAAUGGUUUUAUGUUGUCAGCAGGAAAUGGACAGUGUGCUAAGCAUGAGUUGUGCUACAGUAAAGUAUUUAACCUAACUAUGUGCUGCAGUUACAGAAUGUGUUAACAAUUUUAUCUGCUGUUCUUACGUUUUUACCAAGAGUGUGGAUGUGGAGCAGCAUAAAGUCAAAGGGAGAUAACUCAUUAUUUUGAUUGCACACUGCUCAUCUAAAAAUUAAAAAAGACUUUAUAUUAUAUGUGUGUAGUUAAGCGACAUGUGCUCAAAGCUACAGUCACGAAGAUUUACAACAAAUUUUGAUUCUUUUUAUGUGAAUUUCCCCCAGAAUGCAUAUAUUCGACGAGACUGUUUACGUGGUGGACAAAGUCCACAUGUACUCUUAUAGGGGGGAAUAUUUCCAGGAAAUGUUGCUCAUAUUCCUGUAAAAACAAAGGUUGUGCAAAAAAAUCAAUAUAAAUCAAAAUGGUGAUUUCCAAGAAUGAUUUGAGGAAUUCGUCAGAUUUUUCCAGUCGAUGACUUUCUUGAAAUUUUAGUACAUGAGGAGGUAUUGAUUGUUAUGUGAUGUGUUGAGAAAUCAUUGUAAAACUUUCUGAAGUGAAAUGUUUGACCCAUUCCUACAAGUGUAAUGAAAGAUUGUAAAUAGAUUAUUUAUACUGUGUUUAGAAAUGAACACAUGCCAACAGGAAAGUGGGAGUUCAAGUGAGAGAUAGUUAUUACCAGUAGUCAGUGUUAAGUGCUGAUUGAUAUUUUCCCUCAUAUCAAAACAUGAAAUAGAUCUAUAAGAUUUUCAAUUUGGAAUAUGUUUCAUAGUAGUAUCUGAAAGUUUAUGUCACAGAGUGAGGUUGUGCAUGAUAGAUAUGAAAAAAACAGUAGAAAGUUUAUAUGAGAGAAAGUUUGUGUAAAAAGAAGAAAAUUUGAUGAAAUACAGAGAGUUUAUUGUAUUUCUCUGUUUAAUUGAUUGUGUGAGAUGUGAGAACGACAAAUAAUGUAUAAAAAAGAUUAUAGAAGUUGUGUGAUUAAGUAUACAGAUGGACCAAACCAUGUGCCCAGAGAAAUGACAGAUAUAUUAUAUUUAGUAAGUUUUUCAUAUAUUGAGUAUGGUAAAUUUGGUGCAUCGUGUAGUCAUACUUGAAUUUUUUUCUAAGGAGAAUUUUCAAACUAACACCAUUUGCAAAUGUUAAGUAUGACCUGUUGUACACUGACCAAUUACAUCUUACAAGUAAUCGUAACCAUUAGCUUAAUUGAUGCUGAAAUUCUAAUAAUACAGCUUUUAAAAAUAGAAAUAUUCGAGGCAAUUGAUGUUUAAACGUCAUCAUAUCAGAAGUCUUCUGAGAUCAUGCAUUUUCUUUUGAAUAAUUUUUGACUGAAAUCUGAAACCACAUGCUUUCAAAUUUACCAACAUGUAUUAGCACAAGGCAUCCUCGUAUUUUCUAUAAUUUUUCAAUCUUAUAAGAUAUCUAUAGAUAUUUUCUUCAUUUUCUAAAAUCAUCUCAUUAUUAAGUUAUUUCCCCAAAAGUGAUCAACUUGGCAACAGGAUGCACCAAUGAAUACCAUUUAAAUAUAUAUAUAUAUAUGAUUAAGUACAUGUAUCACUCUAAAUAAGUAUUCAUCAUUAAAUCAUCUAACGCACAUAUUUUAAGAGAUUUUCAUCUUGUAUCGUUUUCAUCAUCAUGAAAUCGCCAUACUAUCACCAGUUUUUAUAUUUUGAUACAUUUUGAGAAGAAGUUUUGUUUUUACAGCAGAUCAUGUAUUUUUCAAGUAUUGCCUUUUCAUGAAAUAUAUAUCAUUUGUUUUAACCAUCGUGUAGGUUUCAGGAGAAGGACAAAGUGACAUGUUCGGCUGAUCCUUACCAAAUGUAUGGACACCAUUUUGUGUUUGAAUGAUGAUGUGAGCAUGUCGUAUCAGUAAAAGUGUAAAGAUUAAUAACAGUUAUCAUCAUUGACUUAAGCUAUCAAACCUUUAAUUGCAUUGUCAAGCUUUCCUAUGUUUUAAUUUGACAGCUAUGUGUAUCUGCUCCUUGUCAUUAUUGUGCUUGAGAAGAUAAGAAGUCAUGCAGAGAAUGACUGCAAUUUGAUGGUGUUUUUUUUUUUGUUAAAAAUGGACAUAAGGAAAAACUUCAAGUUAUAAAUUUUUAAAGUAUAAAACUGACAGAACACAGGGUAUUGUAUCAUUUUAUUAUCUACAACCACUGUCUCAGAAAAAAGUCAUAUUGUUCUAUCUAGAUUUUUUUUAUUGAUGUAAAGUCAGCUGUAGAAAAUAUACAAAACGUACAAUAUUUAACAGAAUUGUUUUUUUUCACUUACGCUUCAUAUAUACAUGUAAACUAGUGGACAACUGGUGUUGACCGUUGUCCUGUGUAUCAUUCAUUGUUUUGACCAUAGCUGAUAAGAGUUGUAAUCUAGCUGUGCGGUUGUGAAAUUGAUGUGUGCAAUAUUAGAUGCUUAUUCAUUUCAUCAAAUGAGUUGAAACAUUUCCCUUCCAUUACAUAUUGUUGUACUGACACAGCUUCUAAAGCUUAUGAUUAUGUUGACAUUCAGGUGCUUCGAGAUUCUUUUUAUUACACCUUUUAUGAAUUAUGCAAUUUUUUUGCAUCCUUUGCAGUCUUUUGAAAUAGGCUAUGGAUAAAGGCGUGACUCAGUAUUUUGAAAUAGGCUAUAGAUAAAGGCAUGACACAGUGUUGGUCAGAAUCUAUAGUAAAUGUCAUCAUUGUUUUUAUAUCAGAAUCCCCUUGCAUUGAUAUCCCCAGACUGAGAUGAUAUUAACAGGAAUGUGACAAUUAAAGGAAAUAUUACAUUAAAAGGAAUUUCACAAUAUCAAGAACAUUGGAGAGGUUAAAUGUUUUACUCAAAUGUCUGAUGACAAUUGUUUGGAAAAUAUAUAUAUAUAGACAUUUAAAUUAUAAAGUGAAAUCAGUCACAGAUUAAAAAUAUAAAGUUUGAUUUAAUGAAAAAUUCACCCGCUUCAACAGUACUUUCAUGUUCGUGUAUAUAAUAAUGACACUUUAAAUUAAAUAAAUUCUUGUUUGGAAUGCAAGAUGAAAAAGCAUAAUUUUUGUAUAAAUUUUGAUGAUACAACACUUGCCAUGUUAGAGUUGAUAUAUAGAGAAUUGAUCUGUAUUGUUGAUCAAUGAAAGUAGAGUAGGAUAUUACACCUGCUCAUGUAGAUUUUGUAAAAUAGAAGUUAUCAGAAACAUCAGUUUGGUUAUUUUUCGUUGUUAAUUCUUUAUGGUUGUGAAGUUUGAGCUAGUUAGAAUGUAAAAGUCAGUAUUGUUAUUUGUAGAUAUGUCGAUUAAACCUAUUUAUAAUUAUUGAUUUUUUUCAAAAAGCAAUGUACAGUUCAGUGUUUCUCAGAAUAACAAGAGGAAGCAAUUUUCAUGAAGGUGACAUUUUAAAAAACAUUUCUUGCAUUCCUAUUAAGACCUACAUCCGAUGAAUUUGUACCGGUAUUUCCUAAUUUCAUCAUGAUGUGGUUGGAACUGAAAACUGUCCUGUUAUUAAACAAAGUGUGAAAUUUACUUCAUUUAAGCCACUGAUUACUUGCACCAACACAACUACUUAAUAGAAAAAAAUUGUAUGCAAAUAUAAUGGUUGUUUUCUCAGUGCUAUAGGUACUGUAGAAAUGUAUAAUGUCUUAGAUAGGAAACCACAAUUACACUCACACAAGAAGGUUUUUUUUAUGGUAACUUUUUGAAAAUGUGAUCUUUUUAGUUUGAACUAAUUUAUUUAGGGCAAGCUUUCCUCUUGAAAUGAUUCAUUUUGAAUAAUAAUGAAUACACAUAUGAAUGAUAUAGCUUGACUAUUUAUUCAACACCAUUGUGUACAAUGACAACGUCAAUUUGUUAAGGUUUUUUAUUCUGAGAUAUUGAGAUGGACUGUGAACUGCAUUAUAUAUGUAUAUAUAAGGAGAUACUAAUUAUUUAUAAUGUGGCAAACACUUUCAGUGUCAAAAUAAAAAUUUUGUUCUUGGCAGUUGUUCCAGAUAUAAAUGCUAUAAGUGAAGUCUAAUUUCAAAUCUGAUUUGUGGUUUAAAUGUUUUUAUGAUGAAGAUAAUUUAAGUGAUAAAGAAUUAAAUCUAAACCAAUUUAACCAAUUAAGAUAUAUCAGUUGACAGUACAUCAUCACAAGCUUUUGUUUCUAGUUUAGCUUUUUUCUUAAUUUUUGUUUGUUUCAGAAGCACUUAAAACCAAAGUAUUGUGCUCUUGCCAUGCAGAACGUUGUUAUUUUUCAUCAUGAUUUAAUUGUCUGUUUCAUUGUAAUGUUUUUCCUUUUUAUAAUUUUGUUUUCAAUGAAGUAGGCCUUUAUGACCCCAGAUAAUCUAGUCACUGAUUGUAUCCAGAUUUUUACUGUCAAUACUGCACUCUUGUCUCACUAGGCCUUUUGUUUUCUUAUCAAAGCUUACUUGUUUAUUUGUUUACUUUUCCUCCGUUUAAACUUAUUAGCAAUUAUUUUUGUGUAAUGAAUAAUGGGCAAACCUGCAAUAAAGAAAAAACUUUUUUUUUUCCAAUGUUAAUGUCAGACUCGAAUGAGUUGUAAAUUAAAAAACCCAGAUAAUUUGAUAAGAGACAAUACAUAUAAUUUCAUUUUUUAUUUGGUAUUUGAAACAUAUUUGAAUUAAAACAUAUUUGACUCUACAAUUUUCUUAUUUAAUAUUUAUAUUGACUAGCAAAGUUUUGUAUUAAAUUAUUGAUCUGAUGAGGAGAAUGUAAAUUUUUGUUUAUAUCAUUGCUAUAACAUUAUGUACAAUUAUAGGUAGAAUUAAUAUGGAGAAUGUUGUAUAUUUGACUGUAAAAUCUACACAAGGAAAAUCAAAUAGAAUUGACCAACGAAGCUGUGUUUUGAUUGUGCGAUUUGCUGUCUGUUGUAAACUGUAUUUCAGCCUUUGAGAGUUUUGUUCUUGCUCUGGUACACAGAAAUCUGUUUUAUUCAUUUAAUGUUGAGCUGAUAACAGACCCAUAAUAACAUUCUGUUGUUUACAAUAUAACUAGACAUUAUCAAUGUUAUUUGAUUACAAAUUUCAGAGUUUCAUCCUCAAUAUUUUCUAACGACUUCUUUGGAAAAUCAUGAAGUUUGGCCUGUUUAUCAGAAGAACCCAUUUCAAUUACAAUACUUGUCCAUUUCUCCAUAUAAAACAAAUCGUAAAAAAUAAUAUUCCACUAUUCAAUGGGAAGACGGCCAUAUCUAUUUUUAUGUAGUGGUUUCUGCAAAGUAUCAAUUUAUUUAGGAAUGGGCUAAAUUCAUUAAAAUUGUAAACAAAACAUAAAAAAAUUAAAUCUUCUAAUACAUGGGAUCUUUUUGUACUAUAUGAUAAGAUGGAUUUCUCUGUAUUUGAUUCGCUGACUGUAUCUGUCAUUAGCGAGUUUCCGGCAGUUUGCCUAUGUGUAUUUCUGGUCAGUUUUUUGUGUACAAAGGUUUGGUUGGUGAAUUUACUGCAUGCAUACAGGCAUAUCAAUGAUUAACAUUAUUUAUCAUGGCUAUUUUUGUGCAAGAUUACUACUACACAAUUCAGAUUUCAUAUUAAGAAAAUCUGGUCGCCUGCCCAUGAUGUUGUGAAUAGUCACAAACUUGGUACUGUAUACAUGUAUGUAACAUUGAAGAAUAUCAUCAACUUUAAUGAGAUCUCAAAAUCAGAUGUUAGCAUUUACUGAAUUUUGAUAAUAUACAUGUCAUCAUUUUUUUCCCUAUUUUAUGACAUUCCCACUCCUUCAAAAAGAAAGUGUUUGUUAAUAUGAUCAAUAUAUUCAUCAGCUUCUCAUCAUUUGCAUUUUUCUGAUAAAAACCUUAUGAAAAAUUUAAAGUUGAAACCAAAUUCAUUUGAAGAAAUUUGAAGUAACCACAAGAAAAUGAUCCCAUUUCUUGUAGUACACAUUGUGGGUAGGAGAUCAGACGAGCUUCAUUCUCACUGCCUUCAUCAGGUUUAUUAAUCAUCUUUUUUAAAUAAAAAAAAUAUUGACAAAAUAC